CUCCUGCUUUUCGAGCCGGAACCCCGGUUAACCAGAUAGGUAGUCCCCAGCUCCGGUUCUUUCCGCGAUUUUACGGAUCUACUACUAACAAAAUGCCUGAAUUAACAACUAAUUUCAUCAAAUUCCAUAUAUUUUUAAUCAAUUUCACCUCUAUUGUGACAUCAAAAUGCCUUUAUUCGCCUACUUUCACACUAUCAAUCGAGUCAUAAUCUUUUACCUACAUUUUAAUAUACGGGCCGUACUUACACCUAGUGAAAUUGAUAAAACACGCGUAGCCCAUAGCCUAUAGCUUGUUAUUACAACAUUGUUAUGUAGCAACGAUUAGAAAUUAGUAUAUUAAUUAAAGUAUCUAGCUACCUACUUAGGUAAUCAGAUGAAUCAUACGAAAUAAAGGUUGGUAGGUAAUGAUUGCGAAAAUAAGUAAUAUUCACACAUAAACAUGCUUUAUCCUUCCAAACAGUUAACUAAACAAGAUUUGCGUAAUGUACGUGACAUGAUAAGAUGUUAAAUUAUUCGAAUUGUAACAACCGAAAUUAUUAUUUUAACUAAUUUUCAUUUCAUUUCAAAUGCAUUUACAACAAAACGGGACGCCAUUUUUGUUGAUUUUUUUUUAUCGAAGUUUACUCUCUGUUCUAAUUUCAAACUUAUAUUUUUCUUUUUUUGUGAAAAAUUAUAUGGCGUCAACAAUCCUAUGUUCAUUACUCUGAGUGCCAGUUACAAUGACAGUGAUUACAAUAUUUCGUGAUUACAGGAGUGUUUUGCGUGUGUCCGUAUUUUUGUGUUUGUUAUUAAAUACCAGUGGAUGUUGCCUAAGUGAUUGGGACUUGGAUUUCUUGACUGAUGACCUAUUCCCUGAUGUGUCUCCUUUACUGGCCAGUACCAAAUCUUUCUUAGAAGAUUUGCUUAAAAUAAAUAAUUAUUCUAUGGAAGAAGAAGAAUCUCCGAUCUCUUCCGAAAUGGUAGCCGAGUGCAUCCGAAGAGGUCGCGAACUUUCCCGAGCGGCUAAACGACGGAACAACGAGCUGGUGGGCAAUGGCGUCAGUCUGGAAGACUCCUCCCCUGCAAUGCUGCACUUCUUUUCCGCCAAAUUACCUUCAGAUGUCAGGAAAGCUUCUGAUGUUUCCCAUGAGAUUAUUUCCGCUACUAAGCUGCUACAGAUGAAAAUGUGUUCUGGCAGCGUAACUCCAAACACAUUUGUAUCGUUCUUGGAGCACCAGGGCAUCCGAAUGAAGGACGCUACGUACUGCCACCAAGUCAAGGUAUGCUGCAGCAGCAAGAACAAGUACAGGACUAUUGACGGCACGUGCAAUAAUAAGGAGCAUCCUGAGUGGGGCAGGAGGGGAGCACCGUUCACCAGGAUCGCAACACCGCGGUAUGCAGAUGGAAUAUACGCAAUGCCAGUAGCGAAGAGUGGUCAUCAGCUUCCCAAUCCUCGCGUCCUCUCCACGAGGCUGUUCCAAGACCAGCCUAUCGGAAGCCGUGUGCUCAACAAUAUGAACAUGCAGUGGGGACAGUUCGUCACACAUGACAUGGUGUUCCAAGUUAUGGAAGUCACUGACAAAGGUGGCAUCCAAUGUUGCCUAGGCGAAGGCAAGGGCAUACUUCCUUCAGAAUGGCUAAACGAUAAGUGUAUUCCCAUAUCGGUGCCUGAUGAUGACCAGUUCUAUAGAUGCCAUGGUAUUAAAUGUUUAAACUUCGUUCGAAGCGUCACUACUCCAAGAGAUGAUUGUAGUUUGGGACAUGCUGAGCAGAUGAACACAGUGACCAGUUACCUAGAUGGGUCGCCUAUCUACGGCUCCGAUAAGAAGCUAGCUUCAAAGCUAAGGAGCUGGAUUGGUGGACGACUGCGCCAGGAGUCACGGAAGGACUGUCUUCGAGGAUUCCUGCCCAGUGUCAGUGACAAGUUCGCCGUAUGUGACUUGAGGAACUCUUCAGAACCCUGCUAUUUGGCUGGGGACACCAGAAUCAAUCAGACUCCGACCUUGGCCAUGCUGCACACUCUACUGCUGAGGGAACACAAUCGGGUAGCAGAUACCCUAAGCGACCUGAACCCACUGUGGAGCGAUGAGAAGUUGUACCAAGAAGCAAGGAGGAUUGUCAUAGCUGAGAUACAGCACAUCACGUACCAGGAGUGGUUGCCUGCUAACUUUGGGGAAUACUACCUCCGCUACUAUGGGAUAUCUCCGUCAACGCUGUAUACUCGAGAUUACAGUCCCGAAGUGAACCCUGGCAUCAUCAACAGCUUCGGAGCAGCUGCCUUCAGGUUCCUGCACACCGUCAUCAGCGAUAACAUCAUGACAUGUCCCAACAGUUACAAUGCGGCGUAUUUGUAUAAAUUAAGCGACCACUACUUCAACCCGAGUCUUCUGGAAUCUUCCCCAGACUCAUUUGACGAUGUUGUACGCGGCAUCAUAGCUCAGAAUGCAGGGGAAUCUGACCCUUACUGUUCAGGGGAGAUCACCAACUUGCUGUUCAAGUCCCAUAACCGAUGGGGUAUGGACCUCAUAGCCAUGGACAUACAACGUGGCAGGGAUCAUGGGAUCGCAUCAUAUAACGACUUUAGGGAAAUCUGCGGAUUACCUAGAGCAAGAUGCUUUCAAGAAUUAGCGAAUGAGAUAUCACAAGAUCGCAUAAACGCUCUUCAGCAUCUAUACGAGUGUGUGGACGAUAUAGACCUGUUUGUGGGCGGUGCCAUGGAGCGAGACGUGUAUGGUUCCAUCCUAGGCCAUACCUUCCAAUGUAUAGUGGCCGAACAGUUCUACAGGACUAGGAUAUCUGACCGGUACUUCUAUGACAACGGAGAGAUGCCGCAUUCUUUUACUAGUGAUCAACUAAAAGAACUAAAGAAGGCAUCAAUGGCCCGUUUAAUCUGCGACAAUACAGACAGUGUGUACUAUGUACAGAAGAAAGCGUUUGAAGUGGAGUCUACAUACAAUCCUAAAUAUAGAUGUGAUGAUUACAACGCUAUACCGUAUGUGGAUCUUACUGCUUGGAAACAACCCUCAAUCUUUGAUUGAUGAAGUAGAUACAAACGCAACACUUGCGCAAGUUGUCGGCCACUUGCGCUACCGGUUUGCGCAGAGUUGCGCUAAGGGUUUGCGCAGGCUUACGCUACCGGUUUGCGUAGACUUUCGCUAAGGGUUUGCGC